AUGUCCGACAAAACUAUCUUCUUGACCGGUGCCACAGGUUACAUCGGAGCAUCUGUCGUUCAAACUCUCCUCGCCCUUCCUAACCCUCCUAAACAAAUCACCGCUCUAAUCCGGUCCGAAACGAAAGCGCAACAUUCGGAUGAACCCAAUCAUAUCAAAGCGAUCAUAGAAGGUUCGAAAGAAAAGUUGGAAAAGACCGGAACACCAGUUUACUUUAUACAUACUUCUGGUUCUGCCAUUACUAUGGAUAAUGCUCGUGGGUUGAAGACUUCCGAUGAGGUGAUCUCACCCCCUUACAAUGCAAUCGAUACCAUCCCCGACACCGCAUUCCAUCGUGACGUCGAUCUUAUCGUUCUUGAAGCAGACAAGAAAGGUUACGUUAUCGCUUAUAUCGCUAUCCCGCCUACCAUCUUCGGAUUAGGUAAAGGUCCAUUGUAUGAUACUGGUUUCGCCCACAAUUCAUCUAUUCAAAUCCCCUUUAUGAUCAGAGCAGCUUUGGCGAGGAAACAACCAGGUGUUGUGGGUAAAGGUGUCAACUCUUGGGCAUACACUUACCUCGGUGAUGUCGCUCGUCUAUUCGCUAUCCUGUACGAAAAAAUCGGAACAAUCGGUCAUGGUCAUGACGGAUAUUACUUCACUGACGGAGGCGAAUACAAUAUGAACGAACUUGUCGAAGCCAUCGGGGAAGUGCUCAGCUCCAAAGGUUUGGUAGCUUCCACCGAAACCACUUCUUUCACAGAUGAAGAGAUCAAAACAUACUUUUUCGGUUCAGAAUUUAUGGGUACGAACAAUCACAUUAUCGCUCAACACUCGGCUCAGAUCGGUUGGAAGUCAACGGUCAAGGGUAAAGAUGAGUUCCUCAAGUAUGUUCGUGAAGAGACUGCGAGAUUGGCUUCAAAGUGA